CGUGGUUCUUUAAAUAGUUCGUCAUUUUAUUUUUGAGUACUUUAUUUGCCGUCACUGGGUUAGCUGUUCAUAAUAUAGUAAAUACUUAUUUUUCAAGAUGCAGGAUGUUGAUGAAAAACUAAUGUUACAAUUAUGUUGUGAUUAUUUGAAAAGUAAAGACAAAAAAGUUGCAAAAUACUUAACGAAAAAAUUUAACUUGGAAGCUUUAAAAGACAAUGCCCCAAAACUUGAACAAAUUAUUACAGGGCAUUUUAAACAAAUGAAUUCAAACAAACAUCAAAAUGGAAUAAAAAUUCAAAAAACUAAUUCAAGUAUAAAGAAAAGUAGCGUGAAUAUUGUUAAGAGACAGGGAAUUGGGGCUUUUGUAAGACUGCCAAAGAAAGCCGAAGUACCUUCUGGUUGGCGUUGUUUUAAUUGCAAAGAGUUGGGUCAUCUUGCCGUAGAUUGCAAGGGUUUAAAAUGUUUUAACUGCAAUCAAGAUGGUCACAAAAUCAAUGAAUGUAAAGAGAAGCUAAGUGAGAACCGCUUUUCAGGUUUUACAUGUCAUGUUUGUAAAGAAAAAGGUCACAUAACACGGAAUUGCCCAAAGGUAGAUUUUAAGUGCCAUAAUUGCGGUGAAAGUGGUCAUAGUUUUAAAGAAUGCAAGAAAGAAAUUAAAUGUCAACUAUGUCAAGAAAGUGGUCAUACGAAGCGAGAAUGCCUAAAAAAUACAGCUUGCUAUAAAUGUAAUGAUAAAGGCCAUAUAGCGAGAUAUUGUAAAAAUCAAAAUAAAAAUGAAGAUUGCUUUAAAUGCGGUCAAAAAGAUCACCAGAAAAAGGAAUGUCCAGGUAUGGCGACAUCUCAAAAUAGUGAACCCGAAGAAGCCUCUGAAAUUUCUGAGCAAAGUGAUUAAAAUAUACAUAUGCGAAAUUUAAAUAA